UUUGUUAAACCAAUCUUGAAAUUUUGCGUAGGUACAAUAAUUUGAAAAUACCGAGAAGGAACUUAGUCUAAAAUCUACCCGUAGUGAAGCUAGUGUUUUAUAAAUAUGAUAAAAUCCACAGCCUACUAGAAAUUUAAAAAGUGACAAACCGUGUCUUUUCAUUUGAUAUAUUUUGCCUUAGAAUUAUGGAACAUAAUAACAAAAUCGCGGAAGAUAACGAAAAAGCAGAAGAAUUUAAAUUUGAUUUUAUUAAUAUUCCAUGGGAUGACAGAACAAAAUAUAGCAAAUUGGCCAUUAUUUUCGUACUGGGUUUUAUAUGCUUGGGCAUAGCUGGAUGUGUUUUAAACAACUUCGUAAUGCAUUACAAGGGUUUUUAUAAGAACGCCAAUGAGUCUAACGAGAUUAAAUGUCAUCUAGUCAAAGUGGAAGCUCACCCUUUUGUUGCCAGAAUACAUUUGAUAUCCUCGCAGCAAUUGUUAUGUUUGGGCGCAGUGAUCAGUGCAUCGUCAGUGAUCGCCAAUGGGGUGUGCGUGAAAUCUGGCCCUAUACGCUUAGGAUUAGGAAGUCCAACAAAUCAGUUGUGCAAAAAAGGGUUUUCUGUGGACUUAGUAGACCCGAUAAGACACGACGGUGCUAUUUCUAAUACUCUUGUUAUUUUGACUACAAUGGAAAAGAUGUCAGCGUGCUCUACUGUUAUUAAAAUAGCUGAUAUAAUUGAUUAUAAGUCGAAGGCGUACAUACUAGGGAGGCCUCUGCUGAUGGAGCGAGUUUCGAAAACGCUAUCUCGGCAGCCAGCCACGAUACUCCGAAACGAUGAAACUGUCAACGUAACCUUGACUUCCUUAAAAAAUAUGAAGAAGUCGAGCAUGAUUUGCGUCAAAGAUUUAUCUAACUGCCCGGUACGGGCUGGAGACCUGUUGAUUCAGAAGGGAUCCGUUGUCGGUUUAGCUUCUACGAGUAUACAUCGCACAGACCACAGCAACAUUGCUUGUUUUGCUGAUUUAAAAAUAAUUCACCGAGAAUUUGGGUCAAAACGCUGAUGGGUUUAGGUACUGUGUAAACAUUUGCUUGGAUAAUAAAUGUAAUCAAAA